AAUAUAUAUAUAAAAAUAGAGAAAAGAGAAACCCUCCUCCCCUGGGCCAUUUGGCCCAUCUAGCUAAACAACCAGCCCACCUCCACCUCUCCCUCCUCCUCUACAGGAGACCAGGAGGGCGUGGCGCUCAUCCACGGCGCCAUGGCCAUGGAUGGCUGCCACGAGCCCCUCCUUUUGACCUAUAAGGGAACCCCCACACCCCACCGAAACCUUAGCCCCUCGCAUCUCUCUCCCUCGCGCCCCCUCCUCCUUCUGCGCCCUGACCGGUCCGCCUCUGCCCCGCCGACCUCGCCGUCAUCCGCGGCCACCGUCAUCUCCGGCGUGCGGGAGCAUGUCCAGGAGGUCCGCCGCGGCCGGAUCCGUCCGCUCCGGGGACCACCUCAAGCCGGGACGGUCCGUGUGCUCGCCAUCGAGCCCUUCUCCGCCGCGGACGUCACCAACUCGUCGUCGUUGCCACUGCUCCGGGCCGCCUCCGACCUUCUAACCUCGUCCACGAGAACCGGGACCCCGAGAUCGAUGCCGCCCCUGUGAUCGAGUACGUCGUCGACGACCCCUCCUUGCCAGAGCAACCAGGCAAGCAAACCCCCCUUGAGCAUUCUGAUAUCGCCCAUUUCUUUCCCUCUCAUGCUUGCAUUAGAACUGUUACUGCUUUCUGUAUGAUCCUACUCUGAUGCAUAGCCUAUAUUUUUGUUACCUGGCUUUCAUACUUAUCUGCUUAUCCUAAACUGCUUAGUAUAGGUUGGUUAGUGAUCAAUCAGUGACCCCCACCUUGUCCCAGUUGCCCCGCUUUAUGUUCGAUGACUCGAUCAACGUGAUCGACGUCCAGGCCCCGACACCGCACAUCACCCCCCUAGUUGUAUGACACUAUAGAGUUACUAUAGAGUGCCGAGGGUGAACCUCAUACAUCACUCCUGAUGAGAUCUCUGUAGUGUAGCUAUUCGGUCGUGAUCAUCGAGGGUGAUUUCCUCCUUAACCACUUCCGUUACGGCUCU